GAAGAUGUUUUUAUUGAGCAAUUCUUCCCUCUUCUACAGCAAAAGUGGUUUGACUCUUGGGACGUAGACAUCAGCCUGAUAGUAAGGAACAAUACGAAUUACUGAUGGAAUGAAAAGACUCAAAGAUCAACAAACAGACUGAACAUUAAAGCAGGAUUGUCAUCGUGCAUUUUACUGGCUGUUGCCUCCACAUUUGAAUAAGAAAUGUCCUGUGAUACUACUCCAGACCUGAGACUGAUUCUUGUUGGAUCACAGUGGUACGGAGCUGACUCAGUUGCAAACACAAUCUUAGGAGGAAGCUUUAAAUGGGGGAGAAGAACUGCUCAGAGUGUGACACACACAGGCCAGGUGAAUGGAAAGGUAAUCCAGCUGGUGAAGGCUCCUCUGUGGUUUAGGGGUUACCAUCUGUGUGAUACAGCAGAACUUGUGAAGGAGGAACUUGUCCUCAGUGUCACCCACUGCAAACCAGGACCCCAUGCUUUUAUUCUGCUGGUUGAGGCUGACUUGCCGUUCACAGAUGCUUGUGCCAAAGCAGUAGAGGCUCACUUAGAGCUUUAUGGAAAAGAUGUGUGGAACCACACUGUUGUACUCUUCACCUGUGUGGAUUAUCUGGGAAAUUCAGACCCUGAGGAUUACAUUGCUGGUGAAGGGGAAGGCUUGGCACAGCUCCUGCACAGAUGUGGACAAAGAUUUGUGUUUGACCACACAGAGGAACGUCAAACUUUAACUCAAAGGCUUCUGGAAAAGGUUGAGACAUUGGUGGAGAGAAAUGGGGGGAGACAUUUUGAAAUUGAAGAGAAAGGACUGCAGAGAAUUCUCCAAAAGAGGGAAGAAGUAAAAAUGAGAGCAGAAAGCAGAAGACAAAGAAGAAUCAAAAAGAAGGAAACACAAGAGCAGGAGUCAGGAACAUCCAUAUCAGAAGUAACCAUCAUCUUGCUGGGCUGGGUUUUUUCAUCAAAAACUACUGUAGGUAGUGCCAUUCUGGGUAUCCCCAAAGAUGCAGGGAGAACAGGAAAAUGUGUGAAACAAACUGAAGUCAUAGGAAAACGACAACUGAAGGUGACUGUGGUGGAUACUCCUGGAUGGUGGAAAUAUUUUUCUGCCAGUUUGGUACAGAGUGCCAUCAGAUCAGAGAUCAUGAAGGCAUUAGAUCAGGACGAGGCAACAACUCACGCAUCUGCCAAAGAAAACCUUCAAGACCAAGCUUCGUCAGGUCGAGCCUUCCUGCUGAUGGUCCCUGCCAACACUUCAUUUACUGAUGAACAGAGGAAGAUCAUAGAAGACAAUAUGAGACCUUUAGGUGAGACAGUUUGGCAAAACACCAUUCUGGUCUUUACCGAAAGUAACUGGCUGGGAGAGUACCACAUAGAGCAGCACAUCGAGAGCGAAGGGGAAGCUCUCACCUGGCUUAUAGAGAAAUGUGGGAACAGGUACUUUGCCUUAAAAAAUGACACAGAGGAGCAGAGUAUCAUGAAAACUCAGAGUGAAGAGCUGUUAGACAUGGUUGAAGAAAUGUUGUCCAGAGUUCAGAGCACUCCAAAGAAGGAGACAUGGCAGAUAGCAGAAACCAAAGACCACACAGAAGGUAGUGAGGGACCAGUUGACGAGGACCUGAAGAAAAUUGCAGACCAGCUCCACAGAAUGUGGGACUGGAGAUCAUGGGAAGUUGAGGAAGUUAUGGCGAGAUUUGAUGAAAGACCCAUGGAUGACUGCACAUGUGAUGAAGACAGCAUGAAGCGUCAUCUCAUUAAUUUUCAGAGAAGAGAUGUGGAAAAAGUGCUACGAGAGGAACUGAGUGGAAAAAGCUUAGAAGAGAUGUUGAAGAUUCUCUUUGAACUCUACCUUCGUAGAGAAUGUGGAGCCUUUGAUAUUGUCUCCAUCAUUUGUGAGAUGGAAGCAAUCAAACCUGAAGGGAAGCAGCUGUUUGAGAGAGAGUGGAGCAGGAGAGAAGUGGAACUGAUGGAUUACGUCUUUAAAAGGCACUUUGCUGUUGAUCGUCCCACACCAGCUGCUGCUGUUGUUGUUGCUGACACUGCUGAGAAGAUAGAUGUGUCUGCAUGGAUUAAGGACCAAAUCCGUAGAGUCCUCAAAGAAAAUAACCAGUAAUUCAAUCUCAGGGAAAAGAAAAAAUGUUAGCAGUGUGUUAGCAGCAAAGAAGGACGUCAGCAAUUAAGUUCCUUCAACAAGGAUGAAGGAGUGGAGCCAUCAGGAUGAAGAUGGACCAUCUCUCAACAAACAUCCAGGAAAUCGUGGAGGUGGUGGGUUGCACUGUAGUAGAUAUUGAACCUUCAUCAAAGCUUCAUUCAA